AUGAGGUGCAGAUCACUUUUUGCGAAGGAUCCAAAGGUGUUCAAGAUCAGAGUGGGAACUCUAAACGUGGGAACGAUGAUGGGAAAGGGAAGAGAGAUAGCAGACAUGAUGCAGAGGAGGAAGAUAAAGGCUUUGUGUGUGCAAGAGAGAAGGUGGAAGGGCAAUGAGGCAAAGAUCUUAGCUGAAGGCUAUAAGCUACUUUAUAGUAGUGCAAGCCCGGAACCAAGAAAUGGAAUUGGAGUUAUUCUGCACAGAGAGCUUCAAGAAGAGAGCAUAGACAGACUUGAGGAAAAGAUGGAGGAUUGGAGGAAGGCACUAGAAGAAAGAGGGAUGAAAAUUAGCAGGACAAAGUCAGAAUAUUUAGCAAUGCAGAAUGUGCAGAUGAGGUCUUGCGAGAUCCAGGAUGAUGAGCUGAAAUCGGUCUGCAAAUUUAAAUACCUGGGGUCGUACAUACAGAGGGAUGGAGGACUCUACAUCAGAAGUCGUUGUGUGUGCCGGCUGAGUGGAAGCCACGGUCAGCGGCCUGCUGAAUGUCUGGCCACGUGUGACGCACCUGUUGACACACGGCUAGCAGACCCGCCCAUCUCGGGUGACAAUUUGCACGCCGCGGCGCCGCCGGAAACCAAUACAUCUGCUGUCUGCCGCCUGCUGCUGUCUGCUGCAGCAGCGUGGUAA